UUUUUCUCCACUUUCCGCGCGUGCACAUCGACGUUCCUUUCGCCGUUAUAAAUCUAUCGCGCGCGAGCUUCAACCCCGUUUUUGUCCCGGAUUUAGCGGAUUUUUACCCAAAGGAGAACCUCCACACACUCCUGCUGCUGCUGCUGCUGGAUCAAAGAUGCACCACUGCUCAGAUUGUGGGAAGAGUUUUAAUCACCAGGUUCAUCUCAAAGAACACCAGCGUAUCCACACAGGAGUGAAGCCGUAUCACUGUGAACAGUGUGGGAAGAGUUUUAUUUAUCAGAGUGGUCUCAAAAGACACCAGUGUAUCCACACAGGAGAGAAGCGAUAUUACUGUGAACAGUGUGGGAAGAGUUUUAAUCAUCAGAGUAGUCUCUCAAGACACCAGCGUAUCCACACAGGAGAGAAGCGGUAUUACUGUGAACAGUGUGGGAGCAGUUUUACUCACCAGGGUAAUCUCAAAGAACACCAUCGUAUCCACACAGGAGAGAAGCCGUAUCACUGUGAACAGUGUGGGAAGAGUUUUAUUCGCCAGGGUCAUCUUAAAGUACAUCAGCGUAUCCACACAGGAGAGAAGCCGUAUCACUGUGAACAGUGUGGAAAGGGUUUUAAUCGCCAGGGUAAUCUCAAAUUACACCAGUGUAUCCACACAGGAGAGAAGCCAUAUCACUGUGAACAGUGUGGGAAGAGUUUUAAUAGGCAGAGUAGUCUCAAAUCACACCAGCGUAUCCACACAGGAGAGAAGCCUUAUUACUGUGAACAGUGUGGGAAGAGUUUUACUCAACAGAGUCAUCUCAAUAGACACCAGUGUAUCCACACAGGAGAGAACCCGUAUUACUGUGAACAGUGUGGGAAAAGUUUUACUCAUCAGAGUCAUCUCGAAGAACACCAGUGUAUCCACACAGGAGAGAAGCCGUAUGACUGUGAACAGUGCGGGAAGAGUUUUAUUCGCCAGAAUCAUCUUAAAGAACACCAGCGUAUCCACACAGGAGAGAAGCCGUAUUACUGUGACCAGUGUGGGAAGAGUUUUACUCAACAGAGUAGUCUCAACAGACACCAGCGUAUCCACACAGGAGAGAAGCCGCAUCACUGUGAACAGUGUGGGAAGAGUUUUAAUCGUCAAAGUUGUCUCAAAUCACACCAGCGUAUCCACACAGGAGAGAAGCCGUAUCACUGUGAACAGUGUGGGAAGAGUUUUAAUCAUCAUAGUAGUCUCAAAUUUCACCAGUGUAUCCACACAGGUUAGAAGCCAUAUUACUGUGAUCAGUCUCUCCGACCGAGUUGCUUCCGACAUUAGUUGGGACUUUCAAAAUUAAUGUAAAAUAGUUUCUUCAAAAGAAGCCAAGACACUAGGAUGAGUAGAGCAAAGGUAGAGUUUUUUUGCGGCAAACCACAAUCAACCUGAGAGCAUCCGCAUGUCGUGACAUCGAUGGUCUGACUACACCUGGCAUUUCCUCCUGUUUUUAUACAUUUUGACCCCUAACAUUGAAAACUCCCCAAACCUGGGCCCUCCUUAGUUACUAUCAGUCAUUACCAUUUUGGAAAUCUUUGGACGUUAGACCUUACUCUAAGUAUUUUUAACUAUCAUUAACAUUAAAAAAAUUCCAACAUUUAAAAGGUCAAUUCUGAUUACCAUUGUCUUCGAGAUACUUCAAAAGGGUUGGACCACAAAAAGUGGGAAAUAUACCACUGUUUCACUUCAUUAUUUUACUUCGCAUGGUGGACAGUGCUUGCCUGUGUAAUUUGAUCAUGCGUGAGUACUUUGCUCUUUCCUCAUUCCCCAAUUUUAUUACUUUGCAUAAGCACAUUGGUAUUUUUAAAUAUAUUCUUAACUUUAUUACUUUGAUGGUUUUAGAAGACAUGUUCUCCAUCCCCUUUUAUGGCAUUUUUAAUAAACUUCCUCACUCAUAA